CAACCGAGUGGUCGCUCACAGACGCUCGCUCAUCCUCCCUGCGCUUUAUUUAUUACCGACAAAUCGUGAAACGUUGCAUUUUUUACUGGCCAGUUUGGGAUCUUUCUAAGCGCCUCUGUUUGUAGGAAACACUGGAAGAUGUCGACGCGAACGCUGCCGCUUGUGUUUAUUAAUCUCGGAGGGGAAAUGCUGUACAUCUUGGACCAGCGCCUGCGAGCUCAGAAUAUCCCAACCGAUAAAGCUAAGAAAGCCACUGUAACAGGAUGGAUAGAGGAGGACAGAAAAAGAGUGAUGAAUGACAUCAUCACCACGAUGUUCAACAAGAAAUUCUUAGAGGAGCUGUUCAAGCCACAAGAGCUGUACUCCAAGAAGGCGUUGAGGACGGUUUUUGAUCGACUUGCCCAUGCCUCUAUUAUGAGACUUAACCAAGCCAGUAUGGACAAGCUUUAUGACUUGAUGACCAUGGCAUUUAAAUAUCAAGUCCUUUUAUGCCCUCGCCCUAAAGAUAUUAUGCUUGUGACCUUCAACCACAUGGAUGCAAUAAAGGAAUUUGUGCGGGAUACCCCCAGCAUUCUUACCCAAGUGGAUGAAACAUACAGGCAAAUCAUUGAGAUAUAUACUCCUUUAUCUUGUGGGGAAUUUCAACUAAUUAGGCAAACAUUGCUCAUUUUCUUUCAGGAUAUGCAUAUAAGAGUAUCCAUAUUUCUGAAAGACAAAGUGCAAAACUCAAAUGGACGCUUUGUACUUCCUAUAUCAGGACCUGUUCCAUAUGGCACCCACUCCCCAGGACUUAUACGAAUGUUUAGCUGUAAUGGUGAGGAGGUGAAGAGGUUGCAGUUCCAUGAUGGGGGAAACUACACAUCUGCUCUCCCUGAGGGUUCUUUCGAUAUGUUUGGUGACAGAGUUAUCAAACUUGGCACAAACAUGUACAGUGCAAGUCGCCCUGUAGAGACACAUCUAUCUGGAACCUCCAAAAGUUCUUCACAACAUGCAAAGGCCAACACAAUACCAAACCCACUGGCAAAAGAAGAGCUGAAUCUACUUGCUAAACUGAUGGGAGGUUUGGAGGUUCCAAAAUCAAGCAAUACUGACUCUGGUUUCCGUGUCAACCUCUUUGCUACAGAUGAGGAGGAAGAGGAAGCUUUGAUAUCGAGACCAGUAGAGCUCUCUUAUGGAGUUAUAAAUAUCCAAGCAACCAAGGACAGUAAGGCCAGUGCAGAAUUGGCAAAGAUCAUGGGGGAGUUCACUGAGGCAGAAGAGUCAGUUCCAAGUUCUAGCAGCAAAGGUGAUGACCUUUUGGCCAUGAUGGAUGGCCUCUGAUGUGUAGUAAAUAUGCUUUCAACUUCUGUAAUGGUGUUCUUCAGUGUCUCACGCUGAGAGCUGAGUGAACAGCCAACACCCAGAACAUCAAGAACUCCAAGGUGAUAUGUGUUUGUCCUGGUAAAGUCAGUGAUUGUCAUACACCAUCCAUCUUGUUUGGGUGCAGCUAAUGUUAUGGAGUCUUUGUUUGAUAGGUGAAGUCAUAAUUUAAUUUAAAUUUUAAACCUUGGUUAUUUCAACAUGUGCUAUUUAUGGACAUUUGAGUACAUGAAAAUAUAAAUUACAAUACAGGCAAGGUUUUGUCAACUUUUAAAAUAAGAAUGUAGUUACAGUGGACUCUAUGACAACAUCAUACCAAUAAUAUAGCACCAGAGCUAACAGAAACUUUCAUAUUAUAUAAAACCUUACAGCUAACAUUAACCGUAGAAUGACUGUUGAUUGCACCAUACAAAGCCUUGCCAGGUACUGGCUUUAAAUAAGCAAACUAGAAAAAAAAACAAAAACACGUUUUGUUUUUUUUUUAAUAAAGAAAUGUCCUGUGGAGGUCCUCUGUGAACUGAAGUUACCUUGACCAAAAUAAUACUGAGAUCAUUUUAAUUAAGAUUUGCAUUUUGUGUUGCUGUGUUUUACCAAUUUGGACUGUUUCCAUAGCAUCCCCUCAUAGAAGCUUUAAUACUCAUGUACACUACAGUUCUUUGAGUUUCAAUCCCACACCUAUCAUAACCUCUUGUAUUGUGAUGAUAGUUGUGCAUUGUGAUGUGAUGUGUUUUACUUAGGUGGGGUUUACAUUAGACCGUAUCAUCAGAUCAUCAGAUUAACAUUUUUAAAACGAUUAGUGUGCACACAGCAACGCCAAUACAUGAUUCGCGUGCACAUAGCAACGCCAAUACACGGAUACGCUCUGCUCCGCAGGCAUCCUGCGCUCCAAAUCACUCCGCCCUGAACAGCGAGUGCCCUCUGGAGGGUGCGCACUCCGGCCCUGCGCAGCUCACAGAGCGCGCGAGUAUAGCGCACGAGCAGUGAUUUGGGACUGAGCCGCUGUGUGUGUGAUCUCAGUGCAUGUCGGGCAUGUGCGUCACUUACCACUUGCAAGUGGAAGGAUGGCAAGCCUAAAGACAAUCAUAACUACACAAUGGGCAGUAUUUGCAUCAGUAUUUGCAGUAUUUUCAUACUUCUAUACUCUUUAAUGAAAGGUGAUACAAGGCGGAAGUCCGCGCCGUUUUUCAGCAGUCGCGUCACAUGACCAACGCCAGCAAAUCAGGAAGGUGGAUGUCACAGUGACGUUGUCCAAUGACGACGCCAGCUAGAGCUCAGCACAGCGUAUCCGCGUAUCUCAAUGUUUACACAGCACCAGACCAGACACGAUCUGGAUUGAAUACGUGGACCCUGGCGGAUUCCCGUUUCCCGGCGUUUCCAGGCGUUUUAAUGUAAACGGACAGUGCAUCCGCGAAGAAAACGAGACAGAUACGGUCUAAUGUAAACUUGGCCUUAGAGUAGCAUAGGAAGGCAGCAUGGGAUGUAAUGCUUAUACAAUCUCAUCUGUUUUUGUGGUGACUGUGUACUUCAUUUAGUAAUUAAACAUUGAUGUCCAGUCCAACAACUUGAUAGAAAUGCAGUGAACCUUGUCAAAACUAAAGAGUGUAACUCUAUGUCAAGUCUCCAUAUUGGCAUCUGAUAUUUAUAGUAUCAAUCAAAAUUUUGGAUACACCUACUCAUUCAGAGGUUUUUCUGUAUUUUGACUAUUUUCUACAUUGUAGAACAAAACUAUGAACUAUGAAAUAACAUAUGGAACGUGUAUGAAAUUAUGCAGUUAUAUAAAAACAAUUAUUUCACAAAAUCGAGUUGUAUAUGAGCUGAUAGCCAACGAGGCGCAUAUUGCCUCGUCGGCUAUAAGUCACGUACUAUGAGAUUGAAUGGAAUAAUUGUUUUAUUAUAUCCACAUUCACUGGAUUUUGAGAAACGGAGCUUUUUUUUUAUUUUUAUUUUGCAAAUUCAAUAAAUAAAAACUUUAUACAAAACAUCCAACAAAGAAGAAAAAGGACUUUAUUCAUCACACGUACACUUGUGAAAUUCCUCUCUGCAUUUAACCCAUCUGAAGCAGUGAACAUGCGCACACACACAUGAGCAAUGAGCACACAUACAUACCCAGAGCAGUGGGCAGCCAUGCUAACAGCGUCUGGGGAGCAGUUGGGGGUUAGGUGCCUCGCUCAAGGGCACUUCAGCCUAAGGCCGCCCCAUGUUAACCUAACCGCAUGUCUUUGAACUGUGUGGGAAACCCACACAGACACGGGGAGAACAUGCAAACUCCGCACAGAAAGGCCCCCAUCAGCCGCUGGGCUCGAACCCAGAGUCUUCUUGCUGUGAGGUGACAGUGCUAACCACUACACCACUGUGCUGCCACAAAAUCAUUUCCAUUUAGAAUGUUAACAAACCGGUGAAAUGACAGUAGUAAUUUGUGAAAAAUGCUAUAAUAAUUCUUGAAAAAUAAAAGAGGUUCUUGCUAUCAAAUACUUACUUUCAUUUCAUAUUUUGUUGCUGUUUUUUUGGGGGGGAGGUUGUUUUCGAGUAGAGUUUUUAUUUCAUCUUUGGUUGAUUCAGCAACACAUUCCAUUUUGUUUUUCUCGAAUGGUAUAUGAGCUGAUAGUCUAGUAUCUAGUGAAUUUUUAUUUUAUACACACAGAGUAAGCGAGAGGGAGGCUAUUACAUGGUUGUGUGAAAUAUUUUCCAACAGAAGCAGAUAAACUUCAUAUCUUUGCACCACCAUGUAAUGUUCUUUAUAUUAUACUGACACAUCCACAAAAAAAAUAUGAUGCAAGUUAAUCAAAAGAAUUUUAACUUUGAACUGGUUGACCAUGUUGAGAACGGUGUCCAGUCAGUGGGAAAACACUGGGAGUGACGUCAUCGGAGUGAAAUAUAGGGAAUUAUACAUAUGGAAAACUCUUUUUGAUGGAAUAAAAAUAUGUAUUCUCGUCCCUUCUAACGGGUUUCAUUCAUUUGGUUUGAUAGCAUGCAAUAUUGUUAGCAUAUCGCUUAUCCUACAUGUAUUAUGUCACUCUACCCAAUGGAGAAUGAGCAUUCAGUGUGGUUUACGACAUUGCAUGAUUGUCAAGCCAACAUGACAUCACGCGUCAGAGAUGUAAAACUUCCAUGCUAGUGAGCGACUGGGACAAUUUGUAUACAAACAUGGCUGCCAGGUUUGCGUCGUUUAAAUAUAGAAGAUUUUGAGAGAAUUUUGAAAGAGAAAGACACGUUGAACACCCGAAAGGAAUGUGUGUGUAUAAUAAGUAAGAAUAAUAAUAUUGGCUGACUCGUCUUCAACUCAUUCAAUAUCAUGCUAGCUGAAUAGAAUUUUUCUGAUAUACUGCUCAAUGACAGCCAAUAUUAUUUCAAUAUGUUACUCAAUAUCCCGGAUGUAGUUUGUAUGAAAAAUACGAGUGGCAUAUUUCCCAGUAAAACACUUACUGGAAAUAUGUCACCUGGAAUGCUUUUCAAUUAACAAGUGCCUCGUCAAAAGUUAAUUAGUGCUAUUUUCUUUAGAAACUGAUAGAACUAAUUCAAAUGAACUCAGUUUAGUAGAAUUUCUAAAUUUAACAAAAUAUCAUGGGUAAAGUUAAUUCAUUGAAUUUCUUGCCUUCUUAAUGAGUUUGAGCCAAUCAAACAAUAAAUAGUAAAUAAUAAAAACACAGUAAAUCGCCCUAAUUGACAACUGUGGUAAUCCAUAUUAUGUCAAGAACCACUCAACUAAGACAAAUGGCAGUUCAUCAUUACUUUAAGACAAUGAGGAGCUUAAAGAAAAAAACAUUGAAUUCGAAGGUGUGUCCAAACUUUUGACUGGUACUCUAUAUCUGUUGCACAAUCGGAGAACAGAAUAAAAUCAGAGAACAGAGUAAAGCGUGCAUAUUUGUGCUGUUUGAGCACAUGUGUGCUUGCAUACAUGUAGAUGAUGUUAAUCAUUGACUGAAUGCUUGGCAGCUUGUGAACCCUAAAUGAAAUAAGUACAGGUGUACCCCAAAUUAAAAUCUGAAUGAUUAAAUCUGAAUGAUACAAUCAUUCAAUUUAUACACACUCAGAAAAUAAGGUACAUUACUGUACCUUUAGGGGUACGACAGCUUGUCACUGGGGCAGUACCCUACCUUCUAAGGUACUUAUUUGUACCCUUUAUAUACUGCUUGGGAACAUAAUGUACCUUUUUGGCCCUAAAAAGGUAUACACAGUUACCUUGAGGUCCAAUAAUGAGCCCGACAGGGUACAUUAGUGUAGUUUAUACCUUGGGGGACAGAAAUGGACUCCUACUGUACCCCUAUUUCUGACAGUGUAUACACAAAAUCAGUUAACUAUCGGAGCGAUUUAUCUGGAAAAUAAAAGCUAAUAAAUUGAAAGGCCUCCACUUGUUUUAUUCUGUGGUCCUGCCUUUUCACACUUUGAUCUCACACACACACACACACACACACACACACACACACACACACACACAACCUUUAGAUCAGAAAAAUGGAUCGUCCAUUUCCAUGAAAUUCACUGGAGUGUUGUAAAACUCCUGUACCUGACUUCAGUGUUCAGUGAAAAUCAUGUAAUUUUCAGAGAUUUGAGUUUACAAAUGGAUGUAUUUUUAUAUAUCUCUACAUAUACUUUAUUUUUUAUUUAUUUUUAUACCAUCUUGAAGGAGAUGUGUAAAUUUCUACAUAUGUAAAGACUGCAUGUAAUGCUCUUCUAAAUAUGUCUAUAAUAAACGCACAGUUUAUUGUGUAUACACAUUAUUAUACAUUUAUUUAGUACUGCUUAACA